UGUUGCAUAACCACACUGCAGGUCUACAGUCUGUUUCGACUCAACCCCUAUUCAUCGGUUUACCUCUCCACGAUGGCAGCUCCGAAGAAAGUCUGCAUUAUUGGCUCUGGAAACUGGGGUUCUGCCAUUGCCAAGAUAGUGGGUGCCAAUGCUGCUCAGAAUUCAAAUUUUGACACCACAGUGAAGAUGUGGGUGUUCGAGGAGACGGUGAAUGGGCGCCAACUGACUGAGAUAAUCAACACUGACCAUGAAAAUGUGAAGUACCUUCCUGGUCACAAGCUGCCAGCUAAUGUGCUGGCCGUCCCAGACCUGGUGGAUGCGUCCUGUGAUGCAGACAUUUUGGUGUUUGUGAUCCCGCACCAGUUUGUCGCAAAAGUGUGCGACUCCAUAAAGGGGAAGAUAAAGACCGAUGCUCUGGGCAUGUCACUUAUCAAGGGCGUAGACGAGGGGCCUGAUGGACUCAAACUCAUCUCCGAUGUGAUCCAGGAGAAGCUGGGCAUCAACAUGAGCGUGCUGAUGGGCGCCAACAUCGCUAAUGAGGUGGCCGAUGAGAAGUUCUGUGAGACCACUAUUGGGUGUAAGAACAAGAACCACGGGGCCCUCCUGAAGGAGCUCAUGCAGACCAGCAACUUCAGAGUCACGGUGGUGGAGGAGUCCGACGUGGUGGAGAUCUGCGGAGCCCUGAAGAACAUCGUUGCGGUCGGAGCCGGUUUCUGUGACGGUCUGGGUUUCGGGGACAACACGAAGGCAGCAGUGAUCCGGUUGGGUCUGAUGGAGAUGAUCGCCUUCGCCCGGAUCUUCUGCACCGCGGGCCCCGUGUCCUCCGCCACCUUCCUGGAGAGCUGUGGCGUGGCCGACCUCAUCACCACCUGCUACGGGGGCCGCAACCGCAAGGUGGCCGAGGCAUUCGUGAAGACUGGGAAGACCAUCGAGGAGCUGGAGAAGGAGAUGCUGAACGGUCAGAAGCUGCAGGGCCCGGCCACGGCAGCGGAGGUUUACCUGAUCCUCAAGCACAAAGACCUCGUCGACAAGUUCCCCCUGUUCAAUGCCGUGUAUCAGAUCUGCUAUCAGGGCCAUCCCGUCACAGAGUUCAUAAGCUGUUUGCAGAACCACCCCGAGCACAUGUAGAAAGCAACAAACUGACCAAGUGCCUUCUAAACGGAGAACAUUACCAUUUCUCAUCCGACGAGCAGUCCCUCCACAGCUGUCAUGCAACCACUGACUGCAGAUCAGUGUGUGUUCAGAGGUCGCAUCACAUCUGUGUUCUCUAAGUUUUACCAAUUUGUCCUUAACACUCAGUUUCCAUGAAGUGCUUUCUUUCCUUCCCUGACGUUUAUGUGAAUCUUGAAGGAUGUUUUUAAUUUCCGCAUGUGAUUGUCAGAUAGCUCUUGUUUCCUGAGAUUGUUUUCCAUUCUUCAGCCGAGCCAGAACAAAUCAGAAUGCAUGGAGUCAGUCAGCAGCCAAAUUAAAAACACUUAUAAAGAAACGCAGACAUUACUGGAUAUCAAAACGAUCAUAAUUCAAUAUGAAUUUUUUUAACACUUAAUGACCCCUGUUUAGGGAACCAUUCACUGCCAUUCAGUCUUAAAUAUUUUGGUACAAUGUUUAUAUGGCACUGCAUCAUGCAUUCAGAUUGUGGCUGGGCUCAGGGAAAAGACCUGUUGACAGCCUUUUUAAGAGGGAAUUAUCUUUAUGUAACUUUAAUUUAGCUGAUCUGUGAACGCCUGUCAAUCAUCUCAAGUUAUAUAAUUAUAGAUGGAAUACCUCGCUGUGUUUUUGUUUGCUCUAAAGUGUCUUACAUAAAUCACUAUGUCUCCUGUCUUGUACUGUAUAUAACAUACUGUCGAUCGCACAGCAACUGUUUUUAACAUAAAAAUGCAAGUGCCUUAGAAUGCACGGUUGCGAAGUCUAGGCCGUUGUCUUUUUAUUUUUUCGUCAAACCAAAGACUUAACUACUUAUCGUCCGUCCAGUAUCCCAUGUGUUAUUGUAACCUGCCUGACCCGGUUUCACUCAGUAACAGCUACUGUGUGUUGCAAAAUGUCAACAUUUGUCUGUGAAUAAACUAAUUAUGUUGUUAAA